AUGACGGACGAGGCGACGCCGCUCAUCGGCGAUGAUGGCUCUAGGAGCGCGCGACGGACGCGCGUUGGGUCGUUAUUGUCGCUGAUCGCGGCGGUGGCGAUCGUCGUCGCGUCGGCGACGGCGCGGCGCGACGCGCUCGGCGCGCAGUCGUGCGCGGAGGGACGCGCGGACGUCGCGUUCCUCAUCGGAGGAUCGGUGCGCGGGAUGGUGUUGGAUCACGUCUCCAAGGGUUUGAAGACGAAUGUGCUGGAUUGGAUGGCGGAGCGCUGCGUGAACGUGCACCCGAUCAUGCUCCUGAGUAUCGCAGACGUGAGCGGGUGGCGAGACCGAUCGGCGAUGUUUCCAAAGGUGUAUCCGCACGUGCUGCAACGCGCGCUGGACGUCAUUCGACCCGUGGCGGUUUCGUUUUACACGGCCUCGGCUUAUGACUUAGACACGAAGGAUCCUUGGGGACAGCAUUGCGCUGCGCGUGGAUUCAAGGUGAAAAAAGACGACUACUUUUCGCCGGCGACGACGUACGCGCAGUUCGAUUUGAGCAAAAGGCUGCUUUGCAUGGCGCGCAAAGUGGAGCAGGAGAAAAACAUACACUUUUCGUGGUUCGUUCGGAGUCGACCCGAUUACUUUUGGUACGGGCCGCCGCCCGUGGACUUUGCCACGACGUUGUGGGACGGUAGGGGUACAGACAGCGCGCACGCGUUCAUCUUUGACGAGGAUUGGCGUCACAAGUACAACGACGCCUUAUACGCCGUGCACAGUUCGCACGCCGAUGGUAUACUGGGCCCAGGGUCAUCGAUUUUGUCGAAAUUACCAUGCCGAGCUGAGAUCCCCGCGACCGGUCACGUCUUCCUUGAACGUAUGACUCCGGAGACAGCCCUUCACAAAGUGGUAGACCUCGUCGGGGCGGCGUCGAGGGCCGUGGGAAUCGGGUUCGAGCGAUCGGCUCGGCCAACCGCAAAGCCAGGACAAGCUCAGAAGUUGCUUUGCAUGGCGCGUAAAGUGGAGAAGGAGAAAAACAUACACUUUUCGUGGUACAUGCACGGUCGACCCGAGUACUUUUGGUACGCGCCACCGCCCGUGGACUUUGCCAGGACGUUGUGGGACGGUCGGGACACGAACCACGACACGGACGCUGUCCAACCUACGCUUAUCUUUGACGAGGACUGGUAUUGGAAGUACAACGACGCCUUUUACGUCGUGCACAGUUCGCGCGCCAAUGCUUUUUGGGGUCAAGGAACGGAUGUAUUGAAAAGCGUCGCGUGCGUAAGUCCCCGUUCACAAAUGAGUCCUGAGGCAUCUAUUUUUCACGUGGCGGACUACGCCCACUGCAACGUCCGUCGCGGCAUAUCGUUAGGGCACUCGGCGUGGCCGGAUCGCGACGGGAUGGGUGUGCAUUGGUGUCACGGAAUCUCUGAGGGCAACACGACGAUGAUCAAUGCCUGUAACGCGGCAAACAAGAUUAGUACAGAGGCGAACGCUAAAUACCGCGAGCGAGCCAAAGACUGGCUCGAGAAGCGCGCGGCCGCGGCCGCGGCUGAGGCUGAGGCCGCGGGCUCGGCGGCGGCCAAGCCGGCGCCUCCCGAGCGGCCCGCGGCGCGUGGACCCACGUGCUAG